AUGCUACUCCGAACUGCCCUCCGCCCUGCGAUAUCUCGCCCAUUGUCCCAGGGAAUACUCUCCAGACCAGUUCUCAUCGCCUUCGGACUUUCGAUAUCCGUGCCGUUCCUGCAACCUCGCGGUGUCGUUCGUCUCGACACCUCCCCAUAUAGUCCACCAUCAGACUCGGCCUCUUUCAGCAGCUCUCCCUACACACAUUCACGCGAUGCCAAAACACCUCUGACCAGGGAUGGAAGGACCUUGAACCCGGCUGCAGUCAAACAAAUCAGUCUCGGCGCGAUACUGGGUCUGGGUACAGGUGUCCUGGUCAGCGCGUUUUCGACCAGUCUCACUCUGUUAAUCGGCCUGGGGAUUGUACUUUCACAGGUUGCUGCUCGGAAAGGAUACAAUGUGAUUCCCGUUGAGCGUGUGCAGCGCUAUGUAAAAGGCAUCAACCUCCGGAGUGCCAUCAACGACAACGUCGCUUUCAAGAUCAGCUUUGGACUGAUGUUUGCAUUAUCGGCAUUUGGAGAGUUUUGA